GAAAAGGGUUUUGAAGGGUUGCGAAGCCACAAGAUAAAGAUUUGGUGGAAAAAUUGUUCGCGUUUAGUUAUUUUAGACACUUUUGUCAACCAGAAGUGACGAAAUGGCUGCACAACAUCCUGGUGCACAAAGUGAACCAGGCCCAGCCAGUACGGAUCCUGCCAGUCACAGCACACUCAGGCCAGAUACUGUCAACAAAAAACCAUUAGAACCAGUCUUAGAGGAAGACAAGUUUGUGUCAAACAACGAGGAAACAAACAACCCCAAGAUGAAGGUGUCAUCAGGUAGUGGGAGAAUCACCAAAAUGACAAUAAAGCGGGAAAAUUUUUCUAUAAAUAGUAUAAUGGCUAGACUCUCAAAUAAAGUUAGAGGACAGGAGAAGGGAUUAAGAACUGAAGCUAGCGUCCCACCUGUGGAAGAAGGUUCAAUGCAGGAGAAAGUCAGCAAUGCAACAGCAGUUGCAGGCACUUUGCAGGGAGAGGAGAUUGUAUUCAAUGAGCAGAAAACACACAACUCAAAUAACUUGAACGUGAAGAGAGUACCGGUACCUUCAGGACAGGUCAUGACUAUCAACCAAGAGGGCUACGUGCUGGGGUCACAGGUCACGCCUGUAGUUCAAAGGUCACAUACACCACAGGGGGACCGUACAACCUCUUUAGAGUCUGCUGUUGCCAACUUGGCGGAAACGCUCUCUCGUCCUGUGUCCUCUCAGGGUGAGAGAGUAGGAAACAGGUCUGAUGAGCAGAGCACGUCAGUGGCAGGGACAAAACCUGCCAACAGUGGGUUCCAGUACACAGCAGAAGCAAUCACAGACAGAGCUGCGGCGCUGAAGGUCGGCGACUCCUUCUCCACAUGGUCCGAGUUAAAAGCAGUCCUGGACGAGUUCCAGAGGAUAAAUAAAGUCAGGUUGAGUAAGAGGUACAGUACAACUGUGGAGGCAAGAAACAAGACAUAUUCGGCCUCUGUGAAGAAACAUCCCAGUGAACACGUGUACGCUAACGCCCAUUUUGGAUGUAUACACUCGGGGAAGGCUCGCUGUCGAGGUACUGGGAUCCGGGUGAACCAGUCGACCAUCAAAUUGGAAUGUCCAGCUCGGAUCUACGUGAUAUCGGACCGUGCCCGUCAAAAACUGGUCAUCAAGGCAUUUAACAACAACCACAAUCACGAGUUGACUGACAAGAGAAUUAAGAUCCCCACGCAGCAGUGUUCAUAUGACGACAUGUGUCGUCUUCUCUUCUGCAGUGAACCAGGCCCAGCCAGUAUGGUUCCAACCAGUCACAGCACACUCAGGCCAGAUGCUGUUCUCAAUGAAAAACCAUUAGAACCAGUACUAGAGGAAGACAAGUUUGUGUCAAACGAGGAAACAAACAACCCCAAGAUGGAGGUGUUAUCAGGUAGUGGGAGAAACACCAAAAUAAUGAGAAAGCAGAAGAAUUUUUCUAUAAUGGCUAGACUCUCAAAUAAAGAUAGACAGGAGAAGGGAUUAAGAACUGAAGCUAGCGUCCCACCUGUGGAAGAAGGUUCAAUGCAGGAGAAAGCGAUCGAUAUGAUUUCUGGUAUGCAUGGAGUCAGCAAUGCAACAGCAGUUGCAGGCACUUUGCAGGGAGAGGAGAUUGUAUUCAAUGAGCAGAAAACACACGACUCAAAUAACUUGAACGUGAAGAGAGUACCGGUACCUUCAGGACAGGUCAUGACUAUCAGCCAAGAGGGCUACGUGCUGGGGUCACAGGUCACGCCUGUAGUUCAAAGGUCACAUACACCACAGGAGGACCCUACAACCUCUGUAGAGUCUGCUGUUGCCAACUUGGCAGAAACGCUCUCUCGUCCUGUGUCCUCUCAGGAUGAGAGAGUAGAAAACAGGUCUGAUGAGCAGAGCACGUCAGUGGCAGGGGCAAAACCUGCCAGCAGUGGGUUCCAGUACACCGCAGAAACAAUCACAGACAGAGCUGCUACGCUGAAGGUCGGCGACUCCUUCUCCACAUGGUCCGAGUUAAAAGCAGUCCUGGACGAGUUCCAGAGGAUAAAUAAAGUCAGGUUGAGUAAGAGGAAAAGUGCAACUGUGGAGGCAAGAAACAAGACAUAUUCGGCCUCGGUGAAGAAACAUCCCAGUGAACACGUGUACGCUAACGCCCAUUUUGGAUGUAUACACUCGGGGAAGGCUCGCUGUCGAGGUACUGGGAUCCGGGUGAACCAGUCGACCACCAAAUUGGAAUGUCCAGCUCGGAUCUACGUGAUAUCGGACCGUGCACAGCAAAAACUGGUCAUCAGGGCAAUCAACAACCACCACAAUCACGAAUUGACUGACGAGAUAUUUAAGAUCCCCACACAGCAGUGGUCAUAUGGUUACCCUCCUUCAGAGACCUGUAAGCCUAAAAAGUUGAAGAUGGAUGUGAACAUUUUCAGGCAACAUGUCUACGACACCAGUGGAGAGUUAGCAGCAGUGACAGAUCUCCACAGGUUGAGGUCAAGUCUGGGUUCAGAGGAAACUGAAGUGGACACAGUGUUCCAUGUUCUACAAGAUUUCCUAACAAAACACAAAGGGGGCAAACUAGCCUUUGUUGUCGGCGAUGAUGGUAGUCUAGAGGGGAUUUUCUUGCAGACAUUGCCAAUGGGCACUGCAUUCAGCAACUAUCCAGAGAUUCUCUACCUAGACAGUGCACACAGUAAAAACAUGCACCUCUUCACUGUCAGUGUUGUAGAUGGAGUUGGAACUGCCAUGCAAGCUGGACAUGUUCUUUUCCUUGACCAGACGAAAGCAUCGUCGGUCCGAGCACUGCAGAUGUUCAAGCAGCACUCGCCACAUUAUGGUUCAGUGGCGACUGUAGUUAUCGAUCGGCUGCAGGAUGCGUCCGAAGUAGCCACAGUUGCCCACCAACUGCACGACAAGAUAGUGGUGGUCUGCCACUUCCGUGCAAUGGAAGCCCAGGCUGCUGCAAGCAGCCACUACGUCAAGAACCCAAUCAUCCACGAAAAAGUCCUACACUUGAUCAGAAGGCUAGCCUACUCCACAACUGAAAGGUGCUAUUACGAUGCGUAUGCAGAGCUGUUGGCACUAGAGGGGGCAGAAGAAUUUGGGCAGUAUUUUUUGGAGAGCUGGCACGGUAUACGGACUCUGUGGGUUAAGGUUUGGGUUGCUCCAUAUGCCAACUUAGACUCCCAUGACGAGAGGAGACACGAGACACUGGAUAAGCUCUUGAGAGAAACGGUUGCCCUCUCCCAGCUAGUGAAGAACCUGCUGCUUUCUUCAGCUACUAACUUGAAACAGACGGAUGUCCAGGCCUCCAAUCAACAACUGAAAGCCAUCAAAAAGGCAUACAAGGAAGCAUGCACGGUUGAUGCCAGUAAGCUUAUAUAUGCUCAGCUGUCCCAGGCCAAGUCGGGUAAAUAUAAGAUCACAACAAAAGAAGAUGGUACCUUAUCUGUAAGUACUGUGAACGGCACACACGCUGUCAACAGCACAUGUUCGGAAUGUUCAUGUGGUUGUUCAAAGAGCAUGGGGAUUCCGUGUUCACACAUCUUCGCAGCCAGAAAGAAAAGGGCGUUGGACCUCUUUGACCUGUCGCUGGUGGCAGAAUGCUGGCUUAAGACGAGCAAACCCCACGCCGAAAAGGGGGAACAUCAAGAACCGAACGUGGUUACAUCUGAGGCACUGCUACCUCCAGAACCAAUGUCAAGGGAGGCAAAAUACCAAGAGGUUUUGGAUCUCAGUAAGGAGAUUGCGGAAGUUGUCAGCCUGUGUGGGGAGACAGAGUACAGCCAAUGUCUGCAGCAGAUGCGUUGCCUGCUGAACCACUACAAGUCACAUAAACCAGUACAAGUAACGUGCACCUCCCCUCAAGACAAGGACUGUGUCCCAACAAGUUACAGUCCGCAGGCACUGUCUGCUGAUCAUGAGGUAACAGAGGCUUCAAACUUUUUGCUUCAAGCUAUGCAAGACGGGUAUGAAGUUUGCAGGCCCCUAAGUGAAGAUAAUCCCAUAGGUACCACUAGUACCGGUACUAGUGAUCUUGAAGCUCCGUAUGCUUCACAUGAAAUCACUGUGGUUACAGAGACGACUGACCCCGAUGCUGGUCAGCAUCAGCAGGAAAACAACUGUGCCCCAAGUGAAAACAAGAAGGACAAUCUCAAAGUGACUGAUGACCAUAAGUUACUGCAUGAUUCACAUGAGAUCACUCACUCAGCAGACACUAACAUCAAAGAAAAGACAGACAAGGCCUACCUGCAAACUACAAGUACCUUCAGCAAUGAAGCAAGUAGUAGGUCCAUAUUUAUAGAUGGAGUGAGAGUCAUCACUGUUGGGCCCAAGUUGAGCAGUGAAAAUGUUCAAGCAAUCAAAAAGAAGCUCCAAACAAAUGUAUCUGAGAGUCCAGAGGAUACAGUGAGCAUGAGUGAAUCAUGUCAAACUGUACCGGCAGGUCAGAGAUCGCACCAGGCAUCUCUUAUGGACAGAGAGAAGCAUGUGGGAGUGACUGUUGUUCCCAGGAUUACAGGGGAAAAGAGGCAUGCAGAGAGUGAGAACACUGAGUCCACACAACCUAAAAAGCCAAGAGAUGCUGAUUUUUCAUGACUGUCCCAUUAUGUUAACAUUAGUACAAUGUCAUGUAGUAGUAGUAGUACUAGUAGUAGUAACUGUAGUAGUCAUAGUAGUAGUUUGACUGUAGUAGUCGUGUGUAGUUUACUGUAGUACUGUUACAGUAGUAGUAGUCAGUUCAGUAGUUAGUAGUAGUAGUACCACAUGUAUAAAAGUAGAUUCUAGAUGAUUAUAUUGCAGCGGCAAAAGUCCAUGACAUGGGUGGGCAGCAGUCCACUUGUUUUCAAACCUGGUUAUUUCCAAGUGCCUCUCUCUGUGAGUGGCCAAAGGAAUCUAUUUCCAAUGACUUGUAUGUAUAUUAAAAGACUUUCUAUUAAUAGUGGCCAAGCUACAUCAUGUUGGAAAACAGCUUGAAUUCAUGUAAAAUCCACGCUACUGCAUCCAGUACUUUAAUGUAUACGGUAUAGAUUGUAUAUCACAAUAUCAGGGCUCGAAAUACUUAAGUACCCAUGUGCAAUGUGCAAAAUGCAGUCAUGAGUUUCAGUAUUUGCACUUAAAAAUAUUUUGAAUGUGCAAUUUUGCACCUAGAGCAGGAGGGGGGCACUUUGCAGGCAAAGAAGCAAAAAUUAACCAUAUGUUAUUUUUAUAAGCAGUAUAUUUUACUUUACAAAUUGUGCGCGAUAAUCAAGUCUUUUUCUUGAAUGUUGAAACAUCAUGCAAAUAACACAAACAAGGAAGGUCAGUUUAAUUCAUUGUGGGCUUGCAAAUUUUUGGUAGGAUCCUUCGCACUGAGAAAAGAAAUAGUGUAUACCACUUUCAAACCACCUGGAAUACAGUUGUAGACUGCCUAGAUAUAAUUUUGCACAUAAAGUUUAAUUUUUCAAAUUGCACCUAAAAUUUUUGCACGUACCUGAAAAAAUUAUUGCGAGCCCAGUAUAUGCUGUACAAAAAGUACACAAACUGAAUGAAGAUAACAUCAUAUCUGGUAUUCUAACACUCUCAUAUUGUUAUGAUUAGUUAGGUAGGACUAAUGGUCGCUAUGUCAGGACAGAAUUUGUUUAAACUGUUGUUAAACAGUGAUUUUGAGCUUGUCAAACCUGGCAUAAACUGCUUUUUAGAAUACAUGUAGUACAUGUAUAUUGUGAAUAAACAUAUCU